GGACACGGACCACAGUAUCCCAGGACUGUCCAUGGACACGGACCACAAUAUCCAAGGACAUGGUCCACAGUAUCCAAGGGCAUGUACCACAGUAUCCAAGGGCAUGUACCACAGUAUCCAAGGACAUGGACCAAAGUAUCUAAGGACACAGACCACAGUAUCCAAGGACACUGACAAUAGUAUCCAAGGACACUGACAAUAGUAUCCAAGGACACUGACAAUAGUAUCCCUGGACACGGACCACAGUUUACAAGAACACGGACCACAAUAUCCCAGGACAUGGACCACAGUAUCCCUGGACACGGACCUCAGUAUUCUAGAGUGCGGACCGCAGAGCCCAUUGGACAGCGACCGCAGUGCUGAUUGUCGAAGAUCAAUGCCCUCCUGAGAUAUCUCCUGAGGUGUUUUGGUUAUGGAGACCACUGACAAAGACGAAGCAGAGGCAGCUUCUGCUGAAGAUAAAGAUGUGGAGAAUGCACUUACACCAAGAAUAACAAAUUCUCUUGUCAUCUCACCUUCAAAAUCCGUUACAAGGUCUUCACAAGCUUUGAGUCCUAUACGAAAGCCAUCAAGAAGCAACAGCCAUGGUGACUUCAUUAGUCAGAGUAAGAGCCAAGAGUCUUACGGGCAAACGGAAAUUGAUGGAAAUGUGUAUGCUGGGAAAUUAAAUGAAAACCAAGAGUUACGUAUUCAUUCUGCAGCAGUUGUGAAGAGUUCUGAAGUUGAGUUUCCUGUACAGUUUCAUGAACUUCAGUCAAAUACAGAUCUAAAGAUGCCCCCAUCAAAUUGGCUGCAGGAGCAUUCUUCUAUUCGGCUACCUAACCCAACACAAAAACACGCAGACUUUUCAAGCUUUCUCAUGGCUCAUCAGUUCCCAGACUGCAUUGGUGAGGUAGAUUUAGUAUCAGAUGCCGAAAACAUCAAGAAACUGCUCAAAAUCCCAUAUAAUCCAAAAGCUCAUGUUAGCAUGAUGAUCCAUCGAGUGGGCAAGACUCUCCUCAUAGAUGAAUUUGAUGUGUACAAAUACUUACUAAGGCAAUCUGAAAAGGAGUGGCAUUGGCUAAGACGAUUCUUUUUUGAACAUGUUCUUCAAUCUUUAACUCACAAGGAGAAUGUACUGGUUCGCCCCAACAAGAGUCGGAAUGUUGUUCAGAGUCGAAGUUUACUGUCAAAGUUUCUGUAUCACAGUAUAAACGAUGAAGAGGCUAGACCACCUAGCCCUCCAUCUCAGCCAGUAACGGAAAGUCCUGUCUCCAUGCGGAGGCCAUCACUAGUCAUGACUGAAGUGAUGCCUGAACCUGCACUUGAGGAACAACUUCCUCAGGCCUCCGCUCAAGCAUUUACCCGUAAUGUUGUGUGGAAUUUUGAAGAUCUUCAUAUGCUGAUUGGGACUGAUCUACCUAUUUUUGGUGGUGGAACUCAUCCUUGUGUCUCAUUAAGACUUCGUGAUAUGAGCAAACCCAUCAACAUACUGACUGGAAUUGACUAUUGGCUGGAUAACCUUAUGUGUAAUGUACCUGAAGUAGUUAUGUGCUACCACUUGGAGGGCAUCGUUCAAAAGUACGAAUUGAUCAAAACUGAGGAUCUGCCACACAUGUCUGAUUGUCAGUUUUCCCCUAGACUAGUUCGAGAUGUGGCUCAGAAUAUUCUUUCAUUUCUCAACAGCAAAGCAACAAAAGAAGGCCACACUUACUGGCUCUUUAAAGGCAAGGAUGAUGACAUAGUAAAGCUGUAUGAUCUGACAUCACUAUGCACAGAGGGUCGAGUGUGUGUUGAUGGAACCGAAGAAGAGAUCCAAACAGAAGACUCUGGAAACCCUUUUACUAUUCCAGUUGCAAUGCUAUUUUAUCGUGUUGCUAAAAACAUGCGUGCCUCAGAAGAUGCUCAUAAUAAAAUUGCUUCCAUCAGAGCUCUACUUAAAAAUUCCAUCACAUUAUUAGACAAGAAUGAAUAUCCAAAGAUUGUGUCCUCUGCGCAUUACAUGCUGUCCGACCUGUAUGUGCCACAAGACAUUGAUCCCGACUCCCCGGUUCUCUCUGACUGCAGUGAUGAGGACAGUGAAUGGUCAUCCACUGUAGGAAGUGACGAUGAGAAUGACGAUGAUGAAGUUAGUUGUGACCAAAAUGAAACCCAGUCAGUCACUCCAGCCAAUCCAAGUUCGACUAUUAAAGUGUCAUCACUGUGCAAGCCUCACACCAGUAAAACACAGUCACAUUAUUACAAAGCACCACCACUGUUAGGCACACUAGAGGAACGAUGCCAGUGUGCCUUGAAGCAUAUUGUUGAAGCUCUCCAGUGUCUGCAUGCAUCCAGUACCAUGGAGCACGAGCACUGUGGAACUAAAAGGAGUAGAGAGUCCACAAGUUCAUCAAGGAGUCAGGAUCAAGAAGAACCCAAAAUGGCUCGACCUUUUCACCCCAUCCCAAUGCCUUACUCGCCUCUGAAUAGUGAUACCGAUGAUGGAAAGAAGGCUUUAGUUGUAGCUAAAGAGCGUCCUGUUGAAGAUCACUUAAUGGUUUCUGUGUUGUGCCAGCAGUAUUCUGUUGCCAGUUGGUUGGAUAAACUUACUGUCCUCUUACUCAGAAAAGCAUCAUUAGUGUACUUAGUGAUGGCCAGAACAAAUUUCAAUGCACAAAGGUAUGGGCUGGCUCUUCGAUGCAUUAGAUUUUCUCUCCAUGCUUGGCAUGGAAUGGCACGGCGUCUUGGUCUUGAGGAAAGUGAAGUACCUAUUCCUUGUCAAGCAUUAACUCUGGCUGGUGACAUAUUCUACAUGAUAUCCAAAGCAUGGGAAGAAGUUGCCAGCCAUAUAGAUGACUAUAACAGUCUCACUGCAACUCACCAGGAUAUGCUCACUCUUCUUGAAAGUAUUUUACCUGCUCAAGAGUGUAGCUGGACUAUCAAAUUGCCAUGUGAUGUGGAAGAGGCUCUGGCAUUAAGUUGUGUGAGCUUUGAAAAAGCCUUCACUGCUGCAGACCCUCAAGCUGCAAUGCUUCUUUCCCGCAGGCUGGGUAAUGUUUGUAAUGAAUUAGGCGUUAUGUACAUGAACCAAGCAUCUAAACUGUGCGAAGAAAAAGAUAUUGGCUUCCAAGGUACAGAGGAACUUUGGCAAAGGAGUGCACAAGUUUUGAACCGAGGCAUUGAGAAUUUUGCUCGAGUGAAUGAUUUGGCAAAUAUAGCCCUCUUGCAUUCUAAUACAGGCCGUUUACUAAGACUUUGUGCCUUCUAUUCUGUGCCCAAAGAUGGUCCAAGGCAGUUUAUAAAUCCUGAGAGGUAUUAUUAUGAUGAGGCAAUAAAAGAAUAUCAGAAAGCAUUAGAGGUGUUGAAAUCUAGGAAAAAGAGCACAGAGAUAUGGGAUCUGGUUGUAUGGGAAUAUGGUACAACCCUCUACACUAUGGCUUCAUUGCUACAGGAUCAUCCACCACUUGUUACAACGGUGGGAGAAGAUAUUGGACGUGAAGUUUUGGAUCUGCUCACAAAAGCUCUUAAGUACUGCGAUGUGAAAACCCCUGGAGUUCGGCAACCACUUUAUCAAUACAGAGCUGCCGUUAUAUAUAUGCGAUUGGCAGGCAUAUAUCACAAUGCUGUCAGACAAGGCAACGGUGACAUGAAAAAUAUUAGACACUUGGCAGAACUGAAUUAUAGUAAAGCAGCGGCUCUAUUCAUGCAGUUAGAGAAUCCCAUUGAUAUACUGAAAGUACAGUUGGAUCAAACAGUGCUGAUAGAAGAUCAAUUACAAGGAAUAUCAAAUCAACAAAUCCUCGUCAAACUCCAUUUGUUCAUUCUUCAACUACUGGUAGACUGUAUUCCAGCUCUAAAGCUCAGUGAGGCCUCUGCUAAAGUCAGCCAAACCAACACUCAUAAUAUUCAGCACAUAAGCCCUUGCAGUAACAAUCAGAAUACACAAAUGGAAGAUACCAACAUGGAUGAUGGAAGACAACAUAAAGAGAACAACAAUACAGAAGAAAUCAGCUGCCAAACUGAAACCCUUACAUAUGAGGAUGAGGAUAGUCAAGAAAAAAUAAGGGCUCUGUUAGUUUUGUUUGAGAAAAAGCUUCAAAAUUCCAUCAUGGCCCUUAUAAAGAUAAAUUCUUCAAAAUCAAGAAAAAGCAGUCAUCUUGGGAAUGAUAUAAGUCUUCUGAAAGAGAUGUACAGUUUGAGCCUCAACAUCCAAUCCUUACCACUGGCCACACACCUGCUCACUGCCACGACAGGCAUCUCUCCGUUACUCAACCAGAUACGCAUCCGAAGAUGAUAUCUUUGAUAUACUGUACUUCUACUGCCCAUUGGUGUUGAAAAGAUAUACAGUAUAUAUUUUGGAGUUGGAACUGCAGUAGUGCAUACAUACUAGUUUAAUUAUAUUUUGAUAGAUUUAAAGGGUUCUGCAACUCAGACAAAAAUAAACUACAGUAUGUA